AUGGCCUCCCAACCCCCGGCGGGAUGGAGGGAGAUGACAAACGGGGGCGGGCACCCCCACCAUGUCAACAACGGAGGGCAGGCUGGGGGGGCCCACAGCAGCGCACGCUAUAUGCUGAAGAGACAACAACAACGACGACACAGACGCAGGUCAUCUUCCCCCAUGGGCAGGGUCAUUCUUAUCAAUGCACCUGUUGAUGGUGGAGACGACAGCGCAGACAUCCACACAGUGACAGUCGACAAGACUCUGGAUGGGCGUCUGGGCUUCAGCGUCCGAGGGGGUUCCGAACACGGACUGGGCAUGUUUGUCAGCAAGGUGGAGGACGACAGCUCUGCAGCGCAGGCCGGGCUCACGGUGGGAGACAAGCUGGUGGAGGUGAACGGAGUCAGCCUGGAGAGCAUCACCAUGAGCAGCGCCGUCAAGGUCCUGACGGGCAACAACAGGCUGAGGAUGGUGGUGAGGCGCGUGGGCAAGAUCCCAGGGAUCCGCUACUCCAAGGAGAAGACCACAUGGGUGGAUCUGAUCCAUAGAAGGAUGGUGGUGGAGGAAGGGGGGCGCACGCCAUCAGAGGCCAGUUCGGACAGCGCCCUCCGCAGGAUGGUGCACCUCUUCACCACGUCGGACGACUACUGCCUGGGCUUCAACAUCCGAGGAGGACGAGAGUUUGGACUGGGAAUCUAUGUCUCAAAGUUGGACCCGGGCGGGCUGGCGGAGCGGCAUGGCAUCAAGAUGGGGGAUCAGAUCCUGGCCGCCAACGGGGUCAGCUUUGAUGACAUCACACACAGUAACGCCGUGGAGGUCCUGAAAAGCCACACUCACGUCAUGUUAACGAUCAGGGAAGCUGGAAGAUACCCUGCGUACAAGGAGAUGGUGGCAGAGUACGGGUGGCUCGACAAAUUGGCCAACGGGGUGGCAGUGUCUUCCUCCCAAGGCUCCGACUCCCACUCCUCCACCUCCUCCGUGUCCUCCAGCACCCCCCUCAGCUCCCUCAGCGGUCUCUCCCAGGUCCUGUUCCCGCCCGUCUUUGGCGCAGACAUGGUGGACGUGGCCAUCUCCACAGAGGACCGCUCCAGACGUCCAAGCGCCACGCAGGCAACCGCGGACACGGCCAUACAGACCGAGACCUCGCCGGACGCCUCCGGGGAAACCGGCCGGAUGGUCGGCGCCACUGUUCGGCUGAAGGACACGGUCAUACACGGGAUGGGGGAGGGGCCGGCAGAGAUGGGAGGAUGGACCAGGGCGCCGUCAUCUGGUGAUCAAGAGGUGGUGAAACACGAAGGUCCUAAGACGAAGGUCCUGAUGGCCCUGAGUAGACCUCGGAAGCCCAUCAGACGAUCCCAGAGUCACAUCACUCUAUCAGAGGACCAGCAGAAGAAGAAGAAGAAGAAAAUACUGCAAAAAGAGAAAAGCAGCCCGGAAGGAAAGUCCAACCUCCAGCGCUCCAAAACCUUCGUCAGUCUAUUUUUCAGGAGAGAUCGCAAGGAAAGGAGCAGAUCAAGAGGCGAGCUCCUUUUCAAACUCGCUUUUAAACCUUUUUUUUUUUUAAUUCUCAUGCUGAUGCAUUCCACCUUUUAUGGAUCAGACAAAAGAAAAAGUGCUGAUGUCAGCGGAGACCAGCCAUCACCUGCCCCGGAGAGCCUGCAGCACGUGGAGGACGUGUCCAGGAAGACCCUCAGCCAGGACGAGGUGACGGCAGUCAUGAGGCACUGCCAGCGGUAUUUGUCUGACAAGGUGCUGGAGGACUUAGUGCGCCCCCUUGUGGCCAUCUUGGACCGGCCAGAGAAGGCGCUGCUUCUGAGGGAAAUAAGGAUGUUGAUUCCUGCAAGUGACUUGUGUACUUUUGACAACAUGGUGAUGCCCUUUGAACUGCAGGCCUUCACCGCUCUGAAGAGUCGAAGUGGGCUUUCUCCAGCUCUUCGCUCCCCUCGCAGCGGGACCCCUCGACGCCACCUCAUCACCCCCGUCCCAGACUACAGGGGUGGAUUCCUCCUCCAGCCCGUGCUGACGCAGGAUCAUCACUUGAUGGAAAACAUGGAGGCUCUGAGUCUGUCCGAGCGAGGUCACAUGACCCCAUCUCAGUUGUUCCCCACACUGCUGGACGUACCCGUGGACAGUUUCUCCUUGUCCUCCGAUGCCCGCCCUCGCUCUCUCAGCCCGUCGCCCGCCCUCACGCAACCCUCUCACGGCUCCCAGCGUGGGGGCCACCACAACUCUGUUGGAGGCCCCGAGCGAGGACGGUCACCAGUGAGGAGGGGGAGGGAUGUGAGUCCUGACACUUUAAGGACACACAGUGUUCCCUCACCUCGGACCGCCAGGACGCCCCUGGAGGAGGUUUUUGACGGAACCCCCACGGUCACAGUUAACGGACAUUCUAAUAGCGGAAAUACUGGAGAGUACGACAUCUCCACACUGACCAUCUCCAAAGCCAAACAGUCUCUGGGCAUUAGUGUCUCUGGAGGGAUGGAGUCCAGAGUGCAGCCUGUGAUUAAGAUCGAAAAGAUCUUCCCUGGAGGAGCUGCCUCCAUCAACCUUGCUUUGAAGGCCGGCUAUGAGCUGCUGUCCGUGGACGGUGAGAGUCUGCAGGGCGUGACUCAUCAGCACGCCGUCGACGUCAUCCGCCGUGCGUUCAGCAACAAGGCCAAAGACCCCAUGGUGCUGGUGGUCAAAGUCCCCACGGUGCUGCCCGGGGGGACCUGCUGACCGACUAUACUUUUCUACUGCAUACUUUUUGUUCCACAUUUUUACACCACUAAAUUGUGUAUAAGGCGCAUGAAGACUUUGUGAUUGAUGGACCACAGCCACGUCACACGCGGGCCAGAAGGCGAUAAUCCCCAAGUGCAUUAUGGGAUUUUUGAUGUCUGCAGAUUAAAGCUCAUGUACUGUGCAG